CAACUAGCGACUUCUCUUGCUUCUCUUAGACACGAGUUUCCUUUUCCGAUGGUAACAAGAUAUGCAAAGAGGAUCUUUAGCUUGACCCGCCAGGGUACGCCAGCCGAUGGUCCAGCGCAGCAUCCCUCGGCCGUAACAGGCGCACCCUUGUACACGGCGACCGAACUAAUUUAGGGGUUGCGCUGUCUCCUGCGCAGGACCUGCCAAACAACGAAGGAGACGCGUGUGCGCCCCCGAUGUGCUUCGUUCGGACGUGAUAAUUUUGUCUAAAUUUACCGAUCGUCAUCAAAGGACAAGAGAGAUCUUUAAAGAUCUUCAAAGAUCGAACAUCUCGGGGAACAAAGGCUCUGCGGAUGGAAAAAGAUCUCCAAACGGUUCGCGAGAUUUUUCUCCGUAUCGGUCAUCGAGACUCGAUUCAUGCUGAAUUAAAAUGGCUGUGAUUGGCUCUGAGUGAUUUCGGUAACGGGAUAAAAGGCUCCGGCAACCCCCACGAUUCCUCGAAACCCGGUUGUCCCUGACUGUUGUCGGAAAAGUGCAAAUAAAGCACGGACGGAGGGAUGAUUUGGCGCUGGGCGCUGAUGCGCGAAAAGCGUUGCUGAUCGCCGCUAUUCUGCACCCCGCGGGGAAACGCGCGGGGGCUGGGAAAAAAAUCGUCGUCGGAAUUGAGUAAAGAGAAGAGGAAGAAUUCGUCGGUUAAAUCGAGAGAGUAAAGGAUGAGAUCUUACGACGGCGAGAGCAGCUCAACAGAGGACGACGAUCGUAGGGAAGGCCUGCCGGAAGCUCAUCUACAGCAAGGAUCCUGGCAACGCACAGCGUCACAUCCUACCUGGGCUUGGGAGCAUCGUAACGUCCAUCCACUGCCGCCACAAUCGGCAGCGGCCCUCGAAUCCGUAUACUCGACCCCAGGGGCUUCACAUCCGGGCGUCUCGGGCCCACCGGCAGCGUACUCAUCGGAACAUACCCAGAGUGCACCAGGACGAAGGACUCCGCUGGGUGCCGUGGGUCUCGGUGGUUUUUAUUUUCAACAACAACCCCAACCGCACGCUUCGUCGAGCGCGUUGUCCGAUGAGAAUCGACCGGACGAGAGGUUUUUAUUUUCGAUUUAA